GACGACGGACGCACACGCUCUGAGCGCCGUUGUUUAGUAACACGUACAGAACAGUUCGGGUACGUAGGUACGUGGUCGCGGUUGUCAUCGUCGUUGUUGUCGUCGUGUAGACACAGUAUUACCUUUUUACCGGCUUACGACUGUCGAUCACGAUUCGCGGUACGAAUAAUUAUUAUUUCGUUUAUCGUUUUCGCGUAUUAUAAUAAUUCGACGCAGCACAUCGGCUCGAAACGAUAUAAAGUACCGACGAUAAUCUAACUUCCGUCGCGUUACAUAGGUACCCAACCUACCCGUCCGCGUCAGAUUCGUAUCAAUUUUUACAUCGAAUUCACAUUAUAAACAUUGCAACAUUACGGCAUACACACAUACAAUAAUAUCUACACGACGACCGGCAGGUCACUAUCCUCGUCACACGGACACGCCGCCGCACCUGCAGCAGCCGUCCGCGCUAGUUCGCGCCGAAUACACCACGUUUAUGCGUGUCCAGUUAUAAUCACCUCUCAAACCUUCUCAUUCAGAUCAAGGACGCAACACAAUGAGUACUACUAGGAGACAAAGCAAAGAGAAAAUUGAAGAAUCAUGUUUUCGUCAUAAUUUGCUAACUAUAUUGACAAUAGCUUCCGUAGCUGGUGGUGUAGUGUUAGGAUUCAUUUUAAAAGGAUCUAAAUCAGAAUGGACAAAACGCGAAAUAACGUACGUGCAAUUUCCCGGCGAUAUUUUCCUUCGUAUGUUGAAAAUGUUAAUUGUACCGUUAUUGGUAUCAUCUAUUGUAUCGGCUAUUGGAUCGUUGGAUUUAUCUUUGUCUAAGAAAAUUGGGUUCCAAUCAAUUGCUUAUUAUGCAGCAACCACAUCAAUGGCAGUUUUGCAAGGUAUAUUUUGGGUGAUGCUGAUACAUCCCGGUAAAAUUAUGAGCAAGGAAGAGCAAACAGCAAGCAUACACCAAGAAACUAGACCAAUCACAACUGUCGACACUAUAUUAGACUUAAUAAGAAAUAUAUUUCCGGCCAAUCUUGUUGAAGCAACAAUAUCGACUUACCGAACAGUACUUAUCCCUCCUAGAGCACUAUCGAACUCAACAGUUAAUGCUACUGAUAUGACACUAUGGGAAAUAAAGUCAGAAAUGGUUGAAGGAUCUAACGUUCUUGGAUUAGUCGCAUUCUCCGUAGCUUUUGGUAUAUGCAUUGGAAAAUUGGGACCCAUGGGAAAACCACUUUUAAACUUUUUCGAUAGUUUGGGUGAAGCUGUGAUGUUAAUGACCAACUGGGUGAUAUGGUUAUCGCCGAUGGGUGUGCUCUUUUUAGUGGCAUCUAAAGUAUUGGAAUUGGACGAUUUUGGCGUGAUCGUUGGUAGACUAGGAAUGUAUUUCUUGACAGUAGUACUUGGUUUGUUUGUUCAUGGAUUUGUUCUAUUGCCACUUAUGUAUAGUUUAUUCACACGCCAAUUACCAUUCCAAUUCACAAUGAACAUGGGCCAAGCUAUCAUAACAGCAUUCGGAACAGCUUCCAGUUCUGCAUCUUUGCCAAUUUCAAUGGCUUGUCUAGAAGAAAAUAAUAAAAUUGACGUUCGAGUUUCACGGUUUGUAAUGCCUAUUGGAGCAACAAUUAACAUGGAUGGUACCGCUUUAUAUGAAGCCGUAGCCGCAAUUUUCAUUGCUCAACUGAAAGGCAUACAAUUAAGCUUUGGUCAAAUUGCAGCUGUAAGUGUAACUGCUACUAUGGCAUCUAUUGGAGCAGCUGGAAUUCCUCAAGCAGGAUUAGUUACAAUGGUGAUGGUUUUGGACACAUUAGGACUACCAGCAGAUGAUGUGUCAUUGAUCAUUGCUGUCGAUUGGUUGCUCGAUCGAUUCCGGACGACUGUUAAUGUACUUGGAGACGCUUAUGGUGCUGGAAUUGUUGCAAAAUUGGCGGAAAACGAUUUGGAAAUUAUGGCGUCCAACGGAACCGUGGAAGCAGGAAAAGUGCCCAACGAUGAAUGGCACACAACAUCGAUGUAGACACAAUCAGCCAUUUUUUUUUUCGUUUUGUGACUAUUUUCUAAUUUCCGUUCUAUUUUAGAACAUUUAAACUUAAUCUUAAUAAGAGUGUACCAAUGUACCAUCAUUUUUAUUAUUAACCAGAUAUUAUAUUGUUUUGUGUAUUGUUUAACGAAAUAAAAUCAAAUUAGUUUUAGACAAAA